AUUUUACAUAUUGUGCAAUGUGCCUUUACGAUUUUCACAGAGAUGAUAUAUCUGAAACUAGAGGAAUAUUGGAGAAAGUGACACCUGCGAUUGAUGUUGGAAAUUUUCAAUAUUAUUAUAUAAAUAAUUGUAUUAAUUGUAGAGAAG